AUGGAAUCUAUAGAAGGAUUCAGUUAUUGUAUAGCGGUUAAAGUGAAUAUUGCUAUAUGUUAUAGCUGUGAUCAGUUUGUUUAUGUUGAUAAAAGAGUAAGAUAUGAAUUAUAUCACAAUUAUAAGAUAGAGAAAUAUUGGUGUACAAAUUGUACUGGAAAUAGACAUUGUGAUAUAUGUUUCAAAGAGUAUAUGAAGCUUAAACAAAAACCAGAAAGAAUCUUAUCAAUAGAGUUAAACAUAUUCGAGAAACAGCAAAAAGAUCUGAGCAUGUACAACUAUACAGAGAAAAUGGCUAGAGUAUAUUUACAAACCCAAAG